AUGUAUCUGCUGAACGUUGUUGCUGUUUUGAUAAGUCUUGGCGCGGUUUCGGCGAUCGGCGAAAAUGCGGUAAGUAUUUUAACGGGAAGGAAAUGGAUAGAAGUUCAAGGUUGCGCAAUAGUUUUGAUUGAUUUUUAUCUUGUUUUCGGAAAAAAAGUUCGUGGAUGCGAAAUUAUCUUGAAUUAUUUUUGAAAUAAUUUCAUAUCUGAUGGAAUUUCGAGGAUUCUUGUGAAUGAAUAGAAAUUGGGAAACAAAAAUCGGGAAGCUUUGAAAUUGUUUAUUUUUCUGAGUUUCUGAAUUUCAGAGAAUUAUUUGAGCUCUCCAGUUGAUUUUUAAGAAACAUGAUUUUGAAUAUCGGGUUCAAAAUAGUGUCCUUGAAUUUUUAGAAUUAUGAAAAUUUGUUUUGAAAUUUCAUUUGUCACAAUUUAUUUACAUAUCAAUAAAGAUUCUAGUAUUAAAAUGUUUGAUUCAAGUAUGGAAAAAACAAAAACUUUCCAAAGAAUUCUGUUAUUUGACCUUAUUUUCAAAAAUAUCCAAAAGUUCCAAAUAACCUUCAAAGUUCAAAUACACAAUUAAUUAUCCCACCAAAAUUAAAUGUAACAACACAACUAAAACCAGGUCAACCUAAACCAAAAACAAACCCUAAUUACAGAUGGAUUUCCAAGCAAUUACCGGAAUUAUCGGAGGAAUCGGAAAAAUGUUGGAAAGCAAAAUGGAAACUGUUAGUGUUCCAGCUGAUAUGAUUAUGGGAAAAUGGUUCCAAAUGUACAAAGCGGCUAUGAAUUUUGAUGUUGUUAGAACUCAAAUGUUCUGCCCAGUUGCUUACUGUAAGAAAUUUUCAGAGAAAAAAAGAAAUGCUUGAUUGAAAUAUGAUUUUUCAGUCUCACCAAACCCAAUCAUGGGAGAAGAAGGUUUCUCAAUGCAAGAAGCUUAUAGAGUAGUCUCGAAGACCGGACCAAUUGAAACAUACAAAAGAGAUAUGAACAAAGUUGGACCAGGACAAUACUGGAUGUACACAGAAGAAUAUUUCUACCCAAGACAAUGUUCGUUUGAAACUUUUAAUGAAAAAAAAGUCAUCGUUUCAUUUCAGUUUAUAUUAUUGGAGCUGGACCAAGUUUCGAUAACUCUACUCAAAAUUCCACCGAGCCACUUCAAUAUAUCAUUGCAUCAGAUGCCAAUCGACUUUCACUUAUGGUUUAUUCCCGUGAUCCUCUUGUAUUUUUCCAGGUCAGUUUAUCGAAAAACAGCAAAACUAGGUUACCUUAUCAUCUUUUUUAAUGACCUAAUUUAAAAGAUGAAAAUGAAAGUGUGUAUGUUUUGCAGAAAUACAAUAAAGAAGUCGUCGAAUUCAUGAACAGUCAUGGAUUUGGUGGAAACGUUUUCUGGAACAGCCCUAAACCAAUCUAUCAAGGACCUGAUUGUGAAUGGCCAUCAGAGAAAGAAGUUUUCGCUAGAAGGUGUGUAAGAAAAAAAUAGAACUGGAAAAUAAUUGGGGAGAGAACGCAAGAUUAAAAGAUGGAACGGGGAUUUGAACACGAAUCUGGUAUUAGAUUUGUUUUUGAGAAGGCUUUGAAGGUUCGGAAAUAAUUUUCAGAUUCUGAAAGGAUGUUGGAGGGUUCGACUUUUCAAAAAUAAUUCCGAAAAGGCCAUUUUUUGACAAUUUUGUAUUGAAACUUACUACAAUUUUUCAUUAAAAUAGUUGUGAUAUUUGAAUCUGGAGCUUCUGAAUUUUUCAAUCAAAAAUUCCCACAAUUCAGUCUUUUAAUCUUAGCUAGGUGCUUCUCAAUUAUCCAUAUCGAAUUCCAUUUCAAAAAAAAUAUCAAAACUCUCAAUCCCUUUUUCAAAAUUCCUGUUUUCAGAGUUCUCAAAAACCAAGAGCUCGCCGAACGUAGCAAGAACGGAACAUCUGAGCCAAUUCUUUCUGGAAUGCCACUCGCCGACAUGAUCCGCGAUCCAAAACGCACAUUGGAACGAUUAGUUGGAUCGAAAGCGCUUCAACAAGCUAACGCCGGAAUGACCGUUGGGCCACCAGCCAGUCAUGAAUAA